AUGGUGCCUUCCGAUCUGCGACCGCGAGGUUCGUUGUAUACGGUUGCACCAGGCGCUCCAAUUUUCAGCGCAAACCAGGAUCCUUUUUCAGCAUGCAUGAAAUGCGGGAAGAAGUUAUCCGGUGUUACUAAGAUUCCCAAAGUUCUCGACGACUUAUCAAUCAUUUUGAAUUGCGGACACGUUCUUUGCACCAACUGCGUUCACUUGAACGAAGACCAAAGAGUGAAUAAGGGCCGUCCAGCUCAUUGCCAACACGAUUUCCAAUGUGUCGAAUGUGGAUAUUUAAGUCCUCCAUUGACAAUUCCAAAUAAUGUUCGGGUUUGUGAGCGCAGAUACAUGGAUUUGAGUGCACUCGUCAAACACGAACCAUGCGAAUGCGAUAUUUGCACCAAUGGAAUUCCAAGCAGCUUCGAUCCAAAACUAAACAAUAUUGCCUACUGCGGAGUACAUCCGAACAAGAAAACAACAUAUUUCUGCAAUCCAUGUGGCAAGCAUUUAUGCGAGUGUUGCAUUUCGGAAAACCCGCAUGAUUUCUUCACUGUAGAUCACUUGUAUACACGAGUGAAUAUGCCGAGCCCAAGACUGGAAGACACAAUGCUUCAGUCGGAUACAUUCUAUUCUUCGCUUACUCGAUUAAAACUCGACAUUUUCAUGAAAAAGCAGGCAUUUUUGCAACGCUCUAAAAAUCUUCGUAAUAAUUUAGGAAAUGCAUUCCUUGCUAUCAUUAAUACGGCAAUCGGCAGAUUUUGUGAAAUCGAUUCUCGAAUUCAAAAAGAAGAAGAAAAAUUAUGUGGAAUGCACAGUUUAAUUGAUGAAAACAUUGACAAUGCGAUGAGAAGAAUUCGAAUUGGAAAAGAAAUGGACGAUCUUGCGCGAAGCCGCACACUUUUUCCAGACGAUGUUGUCUCUGAUUGCUAUAAAAGUUCGGCACAGAAGAUAUUCAAGGAUGCUAUUACUCUUAAUAAUACAGCAAUUAAUUUAUCAAGAGACUUCGAAAAGAGUAAGAUUGAAAUUCAUUCGAACAUUGCAUAUACUGAUGUUAUUAAAUGCGUUGCUGGACUUUUUGGCGAAAUGUCUUCAUCUGUAGAGGGAAGGAAAAUAAAUUACAAAUUGGAUCCAUUUUCUCAAUUGAUCACAUUUGACAAAGUGAUAGUCGAAGUUCCAUUUGAUCAUUUGGGUCUGAAAGACGAAGACUUCUCAACAUCAGCUAAUGCUGUAACACUGAGUGCCGAUGGAUUCAGCAAGUUCAACAAUGCUCUCACAGCUUGCAAAAUGUCUGAAGAACAAAAAAGUCGUGUUCGCGGAUCGAUGCGCCACAAGAAUUCUCGUGGUACGUACUCGGACAAGCUUUUAGAGCAGAACAAAAACGAUAUUCUCAAGUUGUAUUCUCCGGAUGGCCAUCUUGUAACAAAUAAUGUUAGCAUUGCCACAAACGGCUUCUGCUCAACCCGCACGGGCACAAGCUCCAAAACCAUCCGCAAUUUCAUCUACGCCUUCUACUUCGGCUUCAGUCCCUUCAAGUUCUACAAAUGCCGUGUCCUCACAUAUUUCCUCGCUGCAGCCUUCGUCUCAAGAGUCUAUUUCGGCUUCAUCUUCGCCAGAAGCUAUUCACAACCAGGACCUUCACCCGGGGAAAAUCAAGGAAAUGAUCUGCUCCAGCCCCACCUCCUUCACAAUGUAAACCCAUCAAUGACAACUGCAGAAUACUUACACGCCACAAGAGGAACACGCCCAAAACGAACUCCUUCGGCCAAUAAUGCGAUGCACAUUCCAUUUUCAGAGUUGGUUGAAUAUACAAAAGCAAUAUACAUGUACCAAUUCUUGACUCCAACACAACAAAUGACAAUUCUACGUGGUGCUCAUAUGAUGACAGAGAGCAUGAAUAAGCUCUCUCUAACUCAAACCCAAAGAGAUGCUCUUAUGGACAGCAACAAGAAAAAAUUAAGGGCGCUCAUUGAUGAAUACUUGGGACCACAGAAAAAACAAGAGGAAGAAGAAAAAGCUCGAGCACUCGCUGCUAAGAAAUCGAGCAAGGCUAAACAGAACACCGCACUUCUGACUUCUAAACAGACUUUGUAUCCUGUUCAUAGACUUCCACCACCAAAACGAGAUAACAAUUAUCAGCAGCAAUUUGAUUCUCGGGCUACCCAAUGCGUGCCAAAACCGACAUACGAUCAGGAAAAGUAUCGUCCAAUACCGACAGCUUACAACCCACAGCAUCUAGCUUCUAGUACAACUUCAUCUCCUCCUUCAUCCAACUUGGCACCUCGUUCGAUACCUACGAAACAAACCCAGACCCCUCGGUCUCAACCAGUCAAACAAUUGCCUCGAGUACAGCCCGUCCAGCAGCCAACGACGUCUCAUCAGCAGACUAUCCAACAGCCAACGACAUCUAAUUCAUCACAGGCCAUUCAGCAACAAAUAUCUUCACGUCUACAUGCCUUCCAGCAAUGCACGACCUCUCGUCCAAAGUCUGUUCAGCAACACACAGCAUCGCGACAACAGCCAGAACAGCAACAACAGACAUCUGACUUCGAUUUGAGUAAAGUCAAAGUAGAAUGCGAAGAAACAGCGGAAGAUGUUAAACCAGACGUCAUGGUUCUUAAAAAACAAAUGGAGGAGGCAAGAAACCAAGAAACUACCGAUUAUCAUCCCUUACAAGAUCAUUCCUAUUGUUCAACAGUUGAAGAAGAAGAAAGCACCACAAACAAUAAUGUGGUGCAAAAUGGCCCCAACGGAAGGCUCAUCUUGAGACUUCCAGCUUCUCUGCGUUCUUCAUUCAAAAAACAAGAAUCCCAAUCCCAUGAAACAGCUUCUAAUGCAUCGGAUGUUCAAGUAAUUGAAGACGAAGACAAAGAAUCAGUCAGAACUUUUGAUGAUGACGGAACACAUCGUUGGUGCUUCAUUUGUAACGACGAAAGAUUUGAUAUUGCCGAUGAAGAAAAAGGAAUUUGCACAACAUGUCCAAAGGUUUUCCACAGAAAGUGCACAAUCCCUCAAAUGCGAGUUCCAUGGGAAGCCGAUGAAAAUUGGCAAUGCAUAUUUUGUCGGCCAAUUCCACAACUUGUUGAGCCAACCUAUAUGAUGAAUGAUCGUAAUCGCCAUUUGUGUAGCCUUGUUUUAGCAAAGUGUUUCUUAACUCGAAGGGCAACUAUGUUCCUUGUUGGCCAAGGGGCUCAGAGAAAGACGUUCUCGGAUGUUGCACAUAAUUUGGAACCGGAUUCGCACUCCGCGUACCAAACAGUCAUGGAGUUUAUUCGCGGAUUGAACGAAGUAUUCAUUCAAAAUUCGGCAUCUUACCCGAGUACAAGUGUAAAAGGAACCGCAAUCCAGAAGGUCUGGGUGCAUUAUAGUCGCGCUGUGAAAAAACACUUGCCAGAGUAUGCAAGCGAACUUUGGCUUUAUCUAUCACUAUAUUCGCAAUCAUCAUCAAAAAGAAAGAAUCUGACGUCUUCUGAUCAUGCUUCGUCCACCAAAAAACGCAGAAACUAG